AUGUCUGAGACCUUGUCCAAAGUAAAUCAAAUUGUCAACGAUAUUAAAAAAGUAGCGACAAUAAGUAAUGAAGAAAAAACACGUGAAAAAUUGAAUAAAAUAAUUGAAGAUGGAUUUGACAAUUUACACAUUAUAUCUGACUUUGAUGCAACAAUGACUUCGUACUGGUUUGAUGAUAAAAAGCGGAAUCCUAGUUCACAUUCAAUAUUAGGAACAAGCAAACGUUUAUCUGAUCAAUUCAGGGCCCGUAUCAAAGAAAUAGAUGAAAAAUAUUAUAGUAUUGAGAUUGAUCCAUACAAGAGUAAACAAGAGAAAUUACCAUAUAUGCUUGAAUGGUGGGGAAAAGCUCACGACCUUUUAAUUGGAGAAAAAAUUAGUAAAGAUGAUGUAACUAGAAUAGCAACCGAAACACCUGUGAAAAUGCGGCCUGGUUUAGAUUCGUUAGUUAAAACUUGCAGUGAAAAAAAAGUACCUUUACUAGUGUUUUCAGCUGGAAUUGGCAAUGUUAUUGAACAGGUCUUAAGAAGCAAAAAUCUUUAUGAUCAAGAUAAUAUGCAUAUUGUAUCCAAUCAAAUGGGAUUUAAUCCAACCACUGGAAUAUGCGAUCGUUUUGAAGAACCUUUGGUACACAUAUUCAAUAAAUCUGAGGUUGUGGUUAAAGAAAGUCCUUAUCACGCUGCAAUUGAAGAUCGAAGAAAUGUAAUCCUUCUUGGUGAUUCUAUGGGAGAUUUACAAAUGUCUAGUGGGAUUAGCCAUGACGUUUCUUUAACAAUAGCAUUUUUAAAUGUUAGAAUAGAUGAACAUUUAGAUGAAUAUCUAAAAUCUUUUGAUAUAGUUAUGGUUAAUGAUGGCCCAAUGGAUUGUGUAAACAUUAUUCUUUCCAACAUAAAUUAG